UGUUUGUGUUGCAUCUCACUUGCACAUGUGGGAAGAGUUGUUGUUUAACACCAAUGGCUAAUUAGUUAACCCGUUUAUUAAGUCCAUAUGAUAUCAACCUCAAUAGAAGUUUGUUUGAAACGUGCACAGAAUUAAUAAUUUUAAUAAUGCAUAAAUAUUAUCACAGUGUGUAAUCACUUCGCAAAUCCGUUAACAUUCGGACAUAUUUCGAGUGGGAGUAUGUUAAAAGCAUGUGCCGCUAACUCAGCCAAGGGUUAAGGUACAACUUAACGCAUUUCAUUUAACAAUUUCACAAAUAUUAAUCCCAGCCGAACCAACCAAGUGCCUAAGUCGUCCGUGCAGCGCAAUGUCUGCCAAGCCGCAGAUAUUAAUUAUUGAGCCCUUUUUCGGCGGCAGCCACAAACAACUCAUCGAUACGAUAAUCGAAUGUUUGAACCUUUGCGACUAUGAGAUCUUCAGUCUGCCCGCCAAGAAGUGGCACUGGCGUGCCCGGACCUCUGCUUUAUAUUUCUCGCAGCUAAUCCCGCCGGAGCACGACUACAAAGUGCUCCUCACGAGCUCCGUACUCAACUUGGCGGAGCUGAUUGGUGUACGACCCGAUCUCGCCAUCUGCCGCAAGAUUGUCUACUUUCACGAGAACCAACUGGUCUAUCCGGUGCGCGAGGUCAAGGAGCGUGACUGUCAAUAUGGCCUUAAUGAGAUACUCACGUGCUUGGCUGCGGAUAUUGUGCUGUUCAAUUCAAACUUCAAUCGGACAUCAUUUCUGGACAAUGUGCAGCCGUUUCUAAACAUUCAGCCGGACUUUAAGCUGAAGCAUAUCCGAGAGCGCAUCGAGAAGAAAUGUGAAGUGCUAUAUUUUCCCAUCAAGUUCCAUGCCUUUCCCAAUAAGCGGCACAUGAUGGAUGCGGAUAUGAAUGGAGAGCCUGAGUGUCUGCAUUUGAUUUGGCCACAUCGCUGGGAGCACGACAAGAAUCCCAAAUUGCUGAUGGAGGUGCUAUUGGAGUUGAACAAGCGCCAGGUUGACUUCCGGGUGACAAUAUGCGGUGAAAGCUAUCAGACGGUGCCGGAGGACUUCGAAGGCAUCCAGGAGAAGCUGGGCGCCAAGCUCAGCAACUUUGGCCAUUUAACACGCGAGGAGUACAUUAAAACGCUGCUAACCGGCGAUAUCGUCAUCUCGACGGCUGGUCACGAAUUCUAUGGCGUGGCCAUGCUGGAGGCCACCUAUUGCGGCUGUUAUCCGAUUGCGCCCAACAAGCUCGUCUAUCCGGAGAUCUAUCCCAAGGAGAACCUCUACAAUACGUCCAAUUCGCUGAUUAAAAUGCUUUACAACUGGUGCCGCCAUCCGGAACUCUUUCGCCGGCAUCGCGAUAAGUUCUUCGACUACUUCUCCUUUGAGCGCUACUCGGCGCAGCAUUUGGUGCCCAAGUAUAUGGAAAAGAUGCGCAUUUCAAUUUAGAGGUGCUUCCAAGAAAAAACAAAACAAAACAAAAAAAAUAAUAUUAUAAUUCCAGUUGCUGUUUUGUGCAAUUAGCGUCGAAUUUAGUUUGUAAGCAAAGCGAACAUUAACUGACCAAUUUACCAUAAAUAAUACACAUAACAGUACUUAUAUGUAUAUCAACUAUAUAGUUAAAAGCAAUAUGUGUAUAUGUAUGUGUGGCUUUGUAGGAUUAUGCAGCAACAGUUCACAAUUGUUUUCCAAUUAAUGAUUAGAUUUUUUUACACAAUUGUUACUAUAUAUUUUUGCUAAUUGUUAGCAAAUUGUUGUCAUCAAAUACUCAGUGCACAGAGUUACAGAUAAGAACUGCCUUUGUUAUGCCUCCUAAAUUGAUUGUGCUCAUAAUUAUUUGUUUACCCCAAAACGCCUUAUUAUUGUUAGAUUAAAUGCUCUUGGAUUAUACACAUAUAUGCCAUUAUAAAUGCGGAAAUUAUAUCUAAACUCGCAUUAAGAACUAAUUUCUUGACGCCAUUCUUCUAAUCCAUGUAACUCAUCUCUCUCCUUCUGUCUAUAUAUUUCUUUCUCCGUCUUUAUGAUGGGUACUGUAUGUAAAUAAAUUUUAAUUACGACUUGGCAACACAU